UCAUGGCGUGUUAUUAUUCGUUGUCGUUGUCAGAUUUGUUUUUUGCUUUGCUUUUCAGUAUCAGUAUUGCUGUGGUCAUUGGUCAGUAAAUAAUACUUCGCGUGUGUUUUAGCAUAGAAUUUACAAUUUAUAAAAAUGCCUAAAUACUAUUGUGAUUAUUGUGACACAUAUUUAACACACGAUUCACCGAGUGUCAGAAAAACACAUUGCACGGGAAGAAAACAUAAAGACAAUGUUAAAUUUUAUUAUCAAAAGUGGAUGGAAGAACAAGCUCAACAUCUCAUCGACGCUACAACAGCGGCGUUCAAAGCUGGUAAGAUAGCACAGAAUCCAUUUAAUAAAGGAGCUGCUAUUCCACCGCCUUGGGAUCCCAGUGUAAUGGGUCCAGGUGGUCCUAGACCGCCAGUGCCAGCACCAGGAGGUCCACCAGGGAUGCUGCCUCCUCCAUCGAUGGGUCCUGGAGGCCCGAUGGCACCACCGAUGAUGAUGGGACCACACGGCCCUAUGCCACCUAUGAUGGGCAUGAGACCACCUAUGAUGGGGCCAAUAAUGGGGCCAAUGGGUCCUAUGGGACCUAUGGGUCAAAUGCGACCACCUCUAAUGAAUGGACCACCUAUGAACAAAUAGUGACAUCUAAUAGUUUUUGAAAAAGACUGGGAAUAAUCCAUUAUAGGCCACAGUGUUACAUCAGUGUUUUACCGAUAAGUUUGAGGUUAUAACAGUUUAUUUAUUUUAAGUAUUUAUACUAAUAUUUAAUUGAAUUGCUGUGUGUAUUUUGUAGCACAAAUUAAAUAGCUGCUACCAAAACUCCUUUUCUCAACGAACUAAAUUGUAACUAAUGAAUGAAAAAAUACCAUUUCUGAUUACUGUAAUCAGAAAUGGUAUUUUCUUGGUUGCCUUGACUGUGUAUUAUUGUCGUACAUAAGCUGCAGCAGCUACAACUUUUUUGAUUGCCUUUGAUAAUAGUAUGGUAUUUUAAAAAAAAUGUUUCACAUUGUACAUUAUAUUUAUUAGAUAUUCCCAUAGGCUCUAGGCUGAGCCAAUGUUAAACAAAAUGUUCAUGUCCUAGAUAAGACAACGUAAUGUUUGUAUUGAAAUAAUACAAUUCCUCUUGCAGAGUAUAAGUGAUACGUUUUACGUAAAUAUAUGUAGAUAUUCUAAGCAAAACUGUUCAUGAUCACAUUACUACAUUAUUUUCUAAUAGAAUAAAAUUGUAUUAAGUAAUCUCAAACUGUAUUGUAUUAAAAAGAAAUUGUGAGUGAAUGAUCAAUUUGUAUCAUCUUAAGAUAUGAACUAAACUGAUGUUUAGGUAAACUUGUGGCAAAUUUGUAAUUUUUAUUGUAAAAUAAAGAUAUAUAAGUCACUA